AUGGGAGAACAGACGCGGCUUCGGACUUCUACCCCGCGCGCUAAAAGCACGGUUGCGCUAGUAACGCGCUUCAUUGAAGAUGAGAGCGAUCGGGAUAUCUACUUCCUCCGGAGUACAGUUCGGAGUAAGAACGGAUCAGUCAGUGACAUUGUGAUCAGAGAGUCGGGAUAUGAAGACAAGAUACUCCGUAUCCGCAACAACCCAAAUCCCACGCUGAAGGGAAGGGGAAUCGAUGAUCCUUAUAAAAGAUUGGAAGUUGGCGCUGGACCCAGAUGGCUUCCACUAAGCGCUUGGUUACACUGCCAUUACGAUGACUUCAGGAUCAACAUUGAAGCCGACGAAGAUUUCCAUCCCUAUAGGUUGUUGAAGUCGUACUUCCACCGGAGACGCCGAACAGACUUCACAUUCUGGAGAAGGUUUCGAGAUCUUAAGAUCACACAGACUUUGGUCGACAGCGCUUCAUCAUGGCGCUGCACCAUAUCUUCCACUUCCGAGCUGAUAUUCGAGGUUGAAGUCCGCCUAAAACGCAGCGGUGUACAACCAGUUAUCUCCCCAGCGUUGUCAGAUCUUGAAGUCAAGUCAUCCGAGGACUGGCAGCCGUUCUUGGAAUGGGAGGCAAGUGCACUCGAGAUGCUUGAGAUAUAUGGUGAUAGUCUCAUCGAGCAAUCGGCAUGGUGGGCAGACAACGGGAUGGUAUUUCAACUGAUGGACUUGCCUCUUGAGCUUCGCGAGACCAUCUAUGACCAGAUCACUGGCCCUUAUCUAUGGCCGCAUACAGCCCGAAUCCAACCAGUGCAGUUGGGACAAACAUACACACGGUCCAACUUGGAACCAAUCAGAAUGUUUGAUCCGACCAUGGUUGAUUGGAGAGAUCCUAUAUGGAAGCGUCUCAUUGGAUCUUCGCAAUUCCACCUUGACCCCUCUGGCAAUCGACCUCCUCCAUUUACUUCGAUAAUAGGCACAAACACUCAGAUCAAGUCAGAGUUCUGCAACAACGCUUAUCGGAACGCAACGAUGCAUUUUCAGGACGACUUCAACUUGCAUCUUGCCAUCUGCAGUCCCCAGAUUAGCUGCCACAUUCGCUCCAUCUCGAUCGGAUUUCCGAACUCCUCCCUCUUCAAUUUUGUUGGCUUUGUACAGCAUCAUCAUCAGCCGUUCGUUCCCAUGGACCGUAUCCCUGUCAAGAUUCUGUGUCAAUUGAAGACAUUGGAACACAUUGAAUUUCAUUUCCAAGUUACACCACCGCGCCUACCCAACGGGAUGCCUUGUUUGGACCCGUUUCUUCGCCAGGUACUGAUGAAUAAUAUGACGGAUGUCACCUGCCAGAAGGUUUUGGUAGACUGGUUCCUCACGCUAGCGCUCGCCUACAUUCGACACAUUCCCCACAUCUCAAUCUCAGGACAUGUCAAGAACAGCACACGUGCUGAUUGGGAAGCUAUCUUCGAAGACGAGCGUCAGGGCAUUGAGCAUGACAUGUCUGCUCAGGUCCAAAACAUCCUCUCAUUGCAUUGGACCAACUUCACCCCUGCGACUGGUGGAAGCAGCGAGGACCCUAUCCAGAGGGUGAGCGAGAUCCCAAUUUCAACCCGAUGCCGCAGCCCUCAGACAUUGAUUACGAACCUCGAAAGCAUGAUCGCUUCAAUUACGAGGGUUAGCGACGUGAGCAACUUGAGCGAUACAUCUUUGCGGUGGCUUGGUCUCGACUAUGGCCCCUGGGUUUGGAAGUGUGUGCAAUCUUUGUGCACGCCGCAAUCACCAACGGGCGUGAACGUCGCUAAUGGUGUUCGGGCCGAAGUAGACGUCGACAUUACAGCGCUUGCUAAGGGAACAAUCGAUGUAGAGCUGAGUAAUUCGGUCGAGCUGGAGGCUGGGACUGAGCUGCUGAGAGAGAGUACCGAAGAUGAAGAGGUGGCGGAGGACUGGAUUUCCAAGCUUGUGUUAUGCGUGCCGCAGUCACUAUUGAGAACAGAGGUCGCCGAUGGGACCGGGGCUGCUGUUGUAACGACCGUUGUGGAGCUGACGGUUGGAGUUGAUGAGCUUGCCACUGGAAUGGAAACCACGUUGGAACUCGUUGAAGAUAAUGAGGCCACGAUAGGCGAGUUCACAAAAGAGCUGGUGGACGAUGAAGUCGUGGAGGUAGUAAGAGCAGUUGAGGACGAGGCGGCAGACGACGAUGAAGAUAAUGGGAUCGCAUCACAGUCACCAAAUCCGGGCUGA